ACUACACAAGAGUGACACGCCAUUCAAUUGCAGCCUGGCCUGAGCUCGACCGAGUCGCGAGGGACCGUGUGUGCGAUCUCUCACAUACGGGGAAAAUAAAAAAAACAUCUGCAGGGCGAAACAAAGUUAAAACAGCAUCUACGCUGGAACGAGGAAGAAGAAAAGUUAAACCGAAUCACGCCGAGAUGGGGAUCCGAAAAAAGGCGAACAAGAACCCGCCUGUGCUGAGCCAUGAGUUUGUCAUCCAGAACCAUGCAGACAUUGUUUCCUGUGUUGCUAUGGUGUUCCUGUUGGGGCUGAUGUUCGAGGUUACCUCCAAGUUUGCAGUGUUGUUCAUUACCGUCCAGUACAACGUCACCAUAUCAACAAAUGAAGGCCCAGAGGAGACAGCUGUCAACCACUUCCACCACGGCAUCAAGGACUUGGCCACUGUCUUCUUCUACAUGCUGGUGGCCAUCAUCAUGCACGCCAUCAUCCAGGAGUAUGUGCUCGAUAAAAUCAACAGGAAGAAGCACUUCUCCAAAACCAAACACAGUAAAUUUAACGAGUCAGGACAACUCAGUGCCUUCUACUUCUUCUCUUUCGGCUGGGGUGCAAGCAUCCUGCUCUCUGAAAAUUUCCUGUCCAAUCCAGUCACACUAUGGGAGGGCUAUCCUCACACACUGAUGCCAUUCCAGAUGAAGUUCUACUUCAUUUGUCAGCUCAGUUACUGGCUCCACGCUCUCCCAGAGCUCUACUUCCAGAAAACAAAGAAGGAGGACAUCCCACGUCAACUUGUCUACAUCUCCCUCUACCUGGUCCACAUCGCAGGCGCCUACAUUCUCAACCUGAACCGUCUUUGUCUGGUCCUGCUGGUGCUGCACUACUUCAUAGAGUUGCUCUUCCAUGUGUCCCGUCUGGUUUACUUCAGCAAUGAGAACAGACAAAUGGGUUUCACCAUAUGGGCCGUGCUGUUUGUGCUGGCACGGCUGCUCACCCUGUCCUUGUCCGUCCUCACCGUGGGCUUUGGCCUCGCCAACACUGAGACUCAAGGCUUUGAUUUGUCUGCAGGAAACUUUAAUAUUCUGUUUGUGCGGAUAACUGUCCUGGCUGCCAUCUGCCUCACUCAGGCCUUCAUGAUGUGGAAAUUUAUCAACUUCCAGCUGCGUCGGUGGAGAGAGCACGCCCAGGCGCAGACCUUGAAAAAGAAACAAGCUCCAUCCAAGAACAAACCAAAGAAAGACAGAGUCAAUGGUGUGAACGGCGUGAACCAUGGAACGGAAUCACCAAAAGCGAGAAAGGAGAAGUCGUCAUAAACACAUUCCCUCAUCCCCUCCUCACAGAACCGCCAGUCCUGUGUCGAUGACGUCAGUGCCCGACUGAUGGACCCUCCACCCCCACCAUCAUUAUAUUUUCUUCUCCCACCCUGCGUCUCUCCCUCACAGGGACGUCUCCCUCCCCGCUGGACUUUCAAGGGCACGGAACACAUUUAGCUCUGCUUGCGCCAGUCGUCCGGCACGCUUCAGUUUGACAAACCAUCACUCCUCUGUGCCAUUUACAAUUCAGAGAAAAAAAAUGAAGAAAAAAAACAAUUGAAAAACAAAAGUGACAGUUAUUUAAAAAGUGCCUAUUGAAACCGAUUGUUAUGUAUAAGGUGUGUUAAUUUUAAGAUUUCAAGAACGA